AUGCGGAGUGUCGUUUCUGACAGCUCGGCACCAAUUAUUACGGAGCAUCCAAUUGAUGUUGUGGUAUCCCGUGGAUCGCCGGCUACUUUAAACUGUGCAGCACAACCACCAGGAGCAAAAAUUACAUGGUACAAAGAUGGAGAACCUGUCACAACCAACAAAGAACAACCAAAUAGUCAUCGUAUCGUCCUUGACACCGGUGCACUUUUUCUAUUAAAAGUUAACGGAGGUAAAAAUGGGAAAGACAAUGAUUCCGGUUCAUAUUACUGCAUCGCCGAAAAUGAAGAUGGCCAAGCAAAAUCCAACGAAGGCUCUUUGAAGUUGGCCAUGUUACGUGAGGAUUUCCGCACGAGGCCCAGAACAAUCCAAGCUUUAUCUGGAGAGAAAGCGAUUCUUGAGUGCAGUCCACCCAAGGGAUUUCCUGAGCCUGUUGUUAGUUGGAGGAAAGAUGAUAAAGAGAUCCGCAUUCAAGAUCUCCCUCGAUACAAACUUCAUCCAGAUGGAAACUUGAUCAUUGAGCCGGUUACCCAAGAGGAUUCGGGAACGUAUCAAUGCGUUGCCAAGAACAUGGUCGGAGAAAGAGUUUCCAAUCCAGCUCGCCUUAGCGUCUACGAGAAACCGAAGUUUAUCCAAGAGCCGAAGGAUACCACCGUCGACGCUGGAACUUCAGUGUACUUUGAUUGUAAAGUCAGCGGAGAACCUCAGCCACAGAUUACAUGGAAAAGAAAGAACGAUCAGAUGCCCGUUGCGAGAUCAAUGAUUGCCAAAGAUAAUCGCGGACUUCGGAUUGAGAAAGUUCAACCAACCGACGAAGGAGAAUAUGUGUGCUACGCGAGAAAUCCUGCGGGACAAAUAGAAGCCUCAGCACAACUUCGUGUACAAGCACCUCCAUCAUUUAAAGUAAAACCGUCUGAUCAAGCAAUACCCGCUGGAGAAACCGCAACAUUUGAAUGUGUUCUUGUCGGACAACCUAAUCCAGCGUACUUCUGGAGUAAAGAAGGACACCAGGAUCUUCUUUUUCCUAGCUACGUAUCAGCUGACGGUCGCACAAAAGUUUCCGCUAGCGGAACUUUAACAAUCGAAGAUGUUCGGCAAGUUGAUGAAGGGUCUUACGUUUGCGCUGGAAUGAAUGCUGCCGGAAGUUCCCUUACAAAAGCUUCUCUGACAAUUACUUCAAAAUCCGCCACUGGUAAUAGUCCUGCUAAACCGCCACCAAUCAUUGAAUAUGGACACCAAAAUCAAACGUUAAUGAUUGGCGCUUCGGCAAUUCUUCCAUGUCAGGCUAUUGGAAAGCCGAUUCCACGGAUUACAUGGCUUAGGGACGGGAUUUCGGUAGAUACUACAGAUAACAGGAUUAGUCAACAUUCCACCGGGAGUUUGCACAUUGCUGACUUAAAAAAAUCAGAUAGUGGCGUGUAUACAUGUCGCGCGAAGAAUGAUGAUGGCGAAUCGAGUUGGUCGGCAUCACUAAUUGUCGAAGAUCACACGAGCCAUGCAAAUUUUGUGCGAAUGCCGGAACCUUCCAAUUUCCCCACGGCUCCCAGCCAGCCAAUUAUUUCAAAUGUGACUGACACGGAAGUCGAGCUUUAUUGGGAUCCACCCAAGAGCACGGGAACUGCUCCAAUCGCAGGAUAUAUCAUUCAAUACUACAGCCCAGAUCUUGGCCAGACAUGGUUCAAUAUUCCUGAUUAUGUUUCUACGAGCACAUAUCGCGUGAAGGAUUUGAAACCGUCCCACUCAUAUAUGUUCCUAGUUCGCGCUGAAAAUGAGAAAGGAAUUGGUCUGCCUAGUGUUCCUUCAGCGGUCGUCACCACCUCAAAAGGUCAUCCGGGGAAAAUGUACGGCACUGAACAAAGUGCACUUGACAUGGAAAUUGCCGCCAAACGGCUUACAUCUCAACAGCUAAUUAAACUGGAAGAGGUGAAAACAAUUAACUCAACCGCCGUUCGUCUUUUCUGGAAGAGAAAAAAGAUUGAAGAUCUUGUCGAUGGAUAUUAUAUUAAAUGGAGGGGCCCACCAUCGACAGAUCGCCAAAUUGUGAACGUUUCCGGUGCGAACACAGAAAGCUAUGUGGUUUCCGGUCUUUUGCCGUUCACAAACUAUGAGUUCUUUGUGAUUCCAUAUCAUAAAAAUGUUCAAGGCGCUCCGAGCAACUCAAUGGACGCGUUGACAGCUGAAGCUCCGCCGUCAUUACCACCCGAGGAUGUGCACAUUCGAAUGCUUAAUUUGACGACGUUGCGAAUUUCCUGGAAAGCGCCGAAGCCGGAUGGCAUUAAUGGAAUCUUAAAGGGAUUUCAGAUUGUGAUCAUUGGUCAAGUUCAGAAGUACAAUAGAAAUAUCACUACUAAUGAGAGGGCUGCUAGUGUGACCUUGUUUCAUUUAGUCACUGGCAUGAAUUAUAAAAUUCGUGUCGCUGCUCGAAGCAAUGCCGGGGUCGGUGUUUCUGCUGACGUGCGCGAAGUGACGAUGAACCAAGAAACUCUUGAGAAGCAUCUUGCUGCUCAUUCCGAGCAUGAGUCAUUCCUAUACGCAUUAUUGAAUAGGCACAAUAUUGCACUAGUGAUUAUCUUCUCAAUUUUUAUCGCGUUUAUCGUUGGAAUCUUGGCGUUCUGCUAUUGGCAGAGAAGUCGAAAUAUGGAUGGAAAGGAUCGCAGCUUUAUUAAAAUCAAUGACGGCAGUGUUCAUAUGACCCCGAGUAAUUUGUGGGACGCUCCACCACACAAUCCAAAUCCUAUGUACAAUACAACGGGAAGAUUGACCUUGAACAACAGGAAUGGGCAUGCUCUUUACUCAUUGACUCCAAAUGCUCACGACUUCUUUGGAGGCUGUGAGGAUUAUAGCGGAACUAUGCACCACCCAGCUUCAGAGCAUCACUAUCAUUAUGCACAAUUGGCUGGAGGUCCGGCAAACCCAAUGUCAACGUUCUAUGGAAACCAUUAUCAUGAUGAUCCUUCUCCAUAUGCCACCACAACUUUGAUCUUGUCCAAUCAACAGCCCGCUUGGCUCAAUGACAAAAUGCUACGAGGGCCGAUUGUUCCUGCCAAUGGGCCACCAUCAGUGCCGCCGGCUAAGUACGCAGAUCACACAACUGGUAGAAGAUCGAGAUCAAGUAGAGCUUCUGAUGGUAGAGCGACACUAAAUGGGCCACUGCAUGGCAGCCAGCGAUCCGAUAGCCCUCCUCACACAGAUGUGAGCUAUGUUCAGCUUCAUUCAUCCGAUGGCACUGGAAGCAGCACAAGAGACCGAACUGGUGAACGCAGAACUCCACCGAAUAAGACGUUGAUGGACUUCAUCCCACCACCACCUACAAAUCCACCACCUCCUGGGGGAGUUUAUGAUUUUCAAACGGCGACUCGAAGACAUUUGAAUAGAGGAGCUGCUCCACGAGAAGACACUUAUGAUUCCGUCAGCGAUGGGGUUUUUGCGGUGAAUGGAAGACCUACCAGUAGGAAUCGAAAUACCGGGCUGCGUCCACAGAAAGGGAAACGAGAUGAUGACAGUCAGAGAUCGUCGCUGAUGAUGGAAGAUGAAGGCGGAUCUUCAGAAGCGGAUGGAGAGAACUCGGAAUCCGAUGGUCCCAAAGUUCGACAAGUUCCAAGGAUGGGGGUCUCAGCAAGCGCUAUCGCUCAGAAUUGUAAACAUUAG